UGAAGGAUCUCAAACCCGUUUUCUUGAUACGAGGAAUACUAUCACGGUCAGAUGCAUUCGACAACAACCAGUACGGCAUUUCAACAGUACAAGAUAUCGCUAUGCAGUUGAAACCCAACAGCUUUUGGUUAAAUGUUCAGAGGAGCAGAGGAGAGAAGCGUGGAAGAACGUUAAGGAGGGAGAAGUGAAGAUAGUUCAAAUAAGAGAUACUUGUUUUCAUUUAGAGUCUUUGGAAUAAGUAAUACUUGUUUUGAGUUAGAGUCUUUCUAACUCUGAGUUUGAAUGGUAUUUAGCCGUUGGAGGUUUGUCAGUUAGAGAUAGCUUAGAAUUUGGGUUGAGUUGUGAAACUUGGAGAAGAUCGUCUGGGUGAGGCCAGCGAUUUCUCAGAUCCAGAUUCUGAGUUGUAAUCUGUAUUUCUCUUAUUGAUUACGAGUAAUAUACACUGGGAUUGAGUUUUCGUUACAAAUCUAUAUCAAAACUCUAUCAAUUGGUGCGUGAGCUCGGUGUUCUGGCGAUGGCGUUUACCGACGAAGUCGACGAUCGGAUCAACUCGAUCGACAACACAGUCGCGGAGCUGCAGAAUCAGGUCGAGGUGAUUAGCGGAGGUUGGAAGAGGUUGACGAAUUCGAACGACGAGAUGAAUAAUCGGAUCGGUUCAGUUGAGAAGGAACUUUCAGCGGUGAUUCAGAUCUUGAAUAGACUCGAAUCGCACAUGAUCGGAGAUAAAGGAAAGGCUGUGGCAACGUCAUCGACUCCGGUGACUCAGGUACCGUUUACUUUUCCUCGGAACGAACCUGGAUCAGAUGAGUUAGGUUAUCGGACUAAUCAGAACUCGUUUGCGAAUCGCGAUAGUCUCUUGAAAAAAAUUGAGUUACCUGUGUUUGAUGGAUCGCUUCCGUAUGGUUGGAUCUCGAGAGUGGAAAGAUAUUUCAGGGCAGCUCGUUAUGAUGAUCAACAGAAGGUUGAAAUGGUAGCAUUGAGUUUGACAGGAGCUGUUGGUAACUGGUAUACAUGGGAGAAUGAAGAAGAACCAUUCCUUAGCUGGAAUCAGUUCAAACAGAGGAUGCUAGAUCGUUUUGCAGAAUCAAAAGACGAUGAGCCGCGAAACAGGUUGUCAGCAUUGAAGCAAACGGACUCAGUGCAGACGUAUGUGAGGGAGUUUGAAGAGUUGAUCAACGUGGUUAAGGGCAUUGAUGAAGAUAACUUGGUCAGUCGGUUUUAUACAGGGUUAAAGCCAGAAAUGAAAGAAGUCAUCCGAAUGAAAGAACCAAAAGGACUAAGGAAUCAUAUCGCUGCAGUGGUAAAGAUGGAGUCGAGUAUGUUCUGUAGAUUGUUAGCUGGAAAAUCACAACCAGAGCAGUCGUCUACAAAGAAUAACAGUUCAUGGAGUAGAGCCAAACCGUCGGGUGGUGACCAACAUCUUGAUAAACUAAAGACAGCUGCUACAGAGAAGCUUACAGCGGCUACAGUAGCUCGUCCAAGACUAGAUUUGACACCAGAGGAACUGGCUGAGUUAAAACGUUUGAAACUCUGCUUCAAAUGUAAAGCGAAAUGGUUUAAAGGUCACUUGUGUGGGAAUCCUAUAUUGCAAGUAUUCACAUUGAUCAAUGGUUCGGAAGUUGAGUUAGGAGAGUGUACGCAAGAUGAAGAAGAAGCGAUACAAGACACUACUGGUUCUCAGUUGAUGCAGAUUUCAUUGUUCUCAUUUUUAGGAAUGGAUUCACCUACAACGAUGAAAGUGCGCGGAAGAGUUGGCAACCAUACCAUGACUAUUCUGAUUGAUAGCGGGGCCACACAUAAUUUCAUUGCUCCUACAUUCAUCAAGAAAGCUCAUUUACCGACAAUCACAAAUACAAAGCUACAAGUGUUACUAGGCACAGGCAUAAUAGUGCAAGGCUUGGGUGUUUGUACACAAGUUCCACUGCAUAUACAAGGUCUGGAGUUUGUAGUCGACUGUAUUGCUUUAGAACUCAGUGGAGUUGACCUGGUUUUAGGAGUACAGUGGCUCCGAAAGCUUGGUCUUUGUGAAAUAGAUUGGGAAAAACAAGAAUGGAGUUUCGUGUGGGGUAAGGAGAGAGUCAAACUACGAGGAGAAAGUGACCUCCACUUACCCACCAACGCUCUGCAAUCACUCUUUCCGGUCUGUUAUGAUGCGAUGCAAGAUGUUGCGGGCCGUUGGUUAUACACUCACAACGUUAGUGCGACCUCUUGUGAGAUAACUCCCAUUGAAAUUUCUUGUGUGUUAGAAGGCUUCUCAAAAGUAUUUGAUAUGCCUGGAGGUUUACCACCAAGGCGUGAUAUUGAACAUCAAAUCUUACUGAAGCCGGGUACUUCUCCUGUCAGUGUACGUCCAUAUCGCUAUCCACAAGCUCAUCAGGAAGCUAUGACUACAUUGGUUCAGGAUAUGUUACAGAAAGGUAUCAUAAGAGCCAGUCGAAGUCCGUAUUCUAGUCCAGUUUUAUUAGUCAAGAAGAAAGACAAGUCGUGGCGUUUCUGUGUGGACUAUCGAGCAUUGAAUCAGGUUACAGUUGCGGAUAAGUUUCCAAUUCCAUUAAUAGACCAACUGUUGGAUCAGCUACAUGGUGCUAUGAUAUUCUCGAAGCUGGAUCUUACCUCUGGUUAUCAUCAGAUUCGAAUGCAGCAAGAGGAUGUAGAGAAGACUGCAUUCCGAACACAUGAUGGACACUAUGAAUUCUUGGUUAUGCCGUUUGGAUUGACAAAUGCACCGGCGUCAUUUCAAGCUUUAAUGAACGAGAUAUUCCGUCCGUACCUGAACAAGUUUAUAUUGGUGUUUUUUGACGACAUUUUGGUAUACAGCUCCAGUCUUGAAGAACAUGCUAAACAUUUACAACUAGCGCUGUCCAUACUGGAGCAACAUCAACUAUAUGCUAAUAAGAAGAAAUGUGUUUUUGGUCAGAAGAGUGUAGAGUAUUUGGGCCAUGUGAUAUCAGAAAAGGGGGUUGCUACGGAUAGUGCAAAAACAGAGGCGAUGCGGUUAUGGCCAACACCAAAGAAUGUCAAGCAGUUGCGAGGGUUCUUGGGUCUUACAGGGUACUACCGUCGCUUCAUUCAAAGCUAUGGGUCGUUGGCGAGACCAUUAACGGAUUUAUUAAAGAAAGAGCAGUUCUUAUGGUCAUCGGCAACACAAGAAGUAUUUGACAAGCUAAAAGCAAAGAUGUUAGAAGCUCCGGUAUUAGCGUUGCCCGAUUUUACUCAGCCUUUUGUGGUCGAAACUGAUGCAUCGGGGUUUGGUAUUGGAGCAGUGUUGAUGCAGAACAAACGUCCUAUUGCAUACUUUAGUCAUGGAUUGUCAGCUCGUGAACAACAAAAACCAAUUUAUGAGAGGGAACUUAUGGCAGUGGUGUUGGCAAUUCGCAAAUGGAAACACUACCUAUUGGGACGUCGGUUUGUGGUGCACACAGAUCAGAGAAGUCUUAAAUAUUUGCUGGAACAGCGUGAGGUCAGUAUGGAGUAUCAGAAGUGGCUCGUAAAACUGUUAGGAUAUGAAUUUGAUAUUCUGUUUAAGCCUGGGAGUGAGAAUGCAGCUGCAGAUGGGUUAUCACGGAUAGAUCAUUCAGGGGAGCUUAUUUCAAGUUCAGCAUUGUUCGCGUUGACUACUCCAUCAGCCUUGCAAUUGAAGGAAUUGUAUCAAGAGAUAGCAGAUGAUAUUGCCAUUCAAGAUACAAUUCGUUUGAUUAAAGAAGGUAAUACUGUGAAAGCGGGGUUGACAGUUGGUGAUGAUAAGCUCUGGUACAAAGGUCGUUUGGUGAUACCAAAAACUUCCACGAUGAUACCUCUUAUUUUAGCAGAGUGUCAUGAUGGUAUAGCAGGAGGACAUUCGGGCGUUCUAAAGACAGUCAAAAGAAUUCAGUUAUGGUUUCAUUGGGAGGGUUUGUUUCGCGCAGUGCAGCAACAUGUUGCAGCUUGUCAGAUUUGUCAAACGCAUAAGUACUCUACGUUAUCUCCAGCAGGACUUCUCCAGCCAUUACCAAUUCCAGAUCAGAUUUGGGAGGAUUUGUCUAUGGAUUUUAUUGAGGGCCUGCCGAUGUCGUAUGGUAACAAUGUGAUACUAGUGGUUGUUGAUCGUCUCAGUAAGUACAGCCACUUCAUGCUUCUGAAACAUCCGUUCACGGCGGCUGAGGUAGCAAAGCGUUUCGUGGCAGAGAUAGUUCGUCUUCAUGGUUUUCCAAAGUCUAUUGUUUCAGAUAGAGAUAAGGUGUUCCUCAGCCAAUUCUGGAAGGAGUUAUUUCGUUUGGCAGAAACAAAGCUCAAGUUCAGUACGUCGUUUCACCCACAGACAGACGGUCAAACAGAGGUUCUGAACCGGUGUUUAGAGACGUAUCUACGCUGCUUUGCGUCCAGUCAUCCUCGUACGUGGUCGAAGUUUUUGAGUUGGGCAGAGUUAUGGUAUAACACGUCUUAUCACACAUCGUUGCAUACAACACCAUUUCGUGUGGUAUAUGGUCGUGAUCCUCCGGGUUUACUUCGUUAUGAACAAGGCUCUACAGAGAAUGGUGAUUUGGAGUCAAUGCUUCUGGAACGUGAUGCUAUGUUGGAAGAUGUGAAACAUCAACUUAUUCAUGCGCAGCAGUUAAUGAAGAAUAACGCAGAUAAGCAUCGUCGGGAUGUGGAGUUCGAAGUGGGCACGAUGGUCUUCUUGAAGCUUCGUCCCUAUAGACAGCAAUCAGUGGCUCGUCGUGUGUGUCAGAAGCUUUCUGCGAAGUAUUUCGGUCCUUACAAAGUGGAGGAGAGGAUUGGAAAGGCAGCGUAUCGACUGCAAUUGCCUACUUCAUCCAAGAUUCACCCUGUGUUUCAUGUAUCUCAGCUUAAGGCAGUGGUGGGGAAGCAUCAUGUGGUCUUGCCGCUACCGGAGUUGAACAUCGAUGAUGAGGAGCUGGUAUUAUCGCCAGAGGAGAUACUGGAUUCACGUUACAAUGACGUUGGUCAGUUGCAGGUUCUUGUUAAAUGGCACGGUAUUCCAGCUGAGGCAGCAACUUGGAUGGACGUUCGUGAAUUCAGGAAGCAGUUUCCUUCUUACCAGCUUGAGGGCAAGCUGAGUGUUAAAGGAGGGGGUAAUGAUAAGCUUGACAGAGUCUUUGUUCGUAGAGGAGCAGAGGAGAGAAGCGUGGAAGAACGUUAAGGAGGGAGAAGUGAAGAUAGUUCAAAUAAGAGAUACUUGUUUUCAUUUAGAGUCUUUGGAAUAAGUAAUACUUGUUUUGAGUUAGAGUCUUUCUAACUCUGAGUUUGAAUGGUAUUUAGCCGUUGGAGGUUUGUCAGUUAGAGAUAGCUUAGAAUUUGGGUUGAGUUGUGAAACUUGGAGAAGAUCGUCUGGGUGAGGCCAGCGAUUUCUCAGAUCCAGAUUCUGAGUUGUAAUCUGUAUUUCUCUUAUUGAUUACGAGUAAUAUACACUGGGAUUGAGUUUU